AUACUCACAGCUUAUUGCCCACUCAGAUAAGCAGUCAUGUUGAUGCCAGCGGGUCUUCUCGCCAACAAGAGUGCCAUCAUCACAGGCGGCACAACUGGCAUUGGCCGUGCUAUCUGUCUCGAAUUCCUGCGACAAGGGGCGAAUGUUGUAGUCAAUCAUCUAGGCCUCGAGAAGGAUAAACCUCAUCUCGACUCUCUCAUCGCUGAGGCCGACGCUAUCCGCAAAGCAUCAUCCACAGCUGGUCUUCUUGAUCAUCAACCAGGCGAUGUUCGCGAUCCGGCGACGGCAACAGAACUGGUCAAGAAGGCCGUCGAGCACUCUCCCAAGAAGCGACUUGACGUGUGUGUGUCAAACGCUGGUAUUUGCACAUUUGCCGAUUUCCUGACGCUCGAGCCGGACCUGCUGUAUUCAACAGUGAGAACAAACUUGGAUGGUGCCUUUUACAUUACCCAAGCCGCCGCCAGGCAGAUGGCCCUCAACCAGGAACCUAAGGGAGGGAGUAUCAUAGGCGUUUCGUCUAUCUCGGCUCUUGUCGGAGGUGGCCAGCAGACACAUUACACUCCUACCAAAGCAGGAGUUCUGAGCUUGAUGCAGAGCACAGCAUGCGCAUUGGGAGAACAUAACAUCCGGUGUAAUGCUCUUCUCCCUGGGACCAUCCGCACGCAGUUGAACGAUGCCGACCUGGCUGAUGAUGCGAAGAGAACCUACAUGGAAGGUCGUAUCCCUCUGGGAAGGACAGGCUCACCCUCUGACAUGGCUGGUCCGGCUGUCUUCCUGGCUUGUCCAGAGCUGAGCGGAUACGUGACGGGCGCACAGCUUCUCGUUGACGGUGGACUCUUCGUCAACCUUCAGUGA